AUGGAGUGUGACGGGGCUGAAAUUAGAGCGACUUUGUGGAAGCAAGAGCUAGACGCGAGGAGAGAAGGUCGUAAGACAGAGGCAGAUCCACGAGCACCUGGCACAACAGAGGACGAUUCUGGGAAGCCGCAGAGCUACAGCCACACUCUCAUUCUGGGGAUGGGAGACGCACGGUUUAAAAGAUAUCCCCCCCCCCAGGCUCUCAACUUUGCCUUCAAAGAUAAAUACAAGCAGAUCUUUUUGGGUGGUGUGGACAAGAGGACCCAGUUUUGGUGCUACUUUGCAGGGAACCUGGCAUCAGGUGGUGCCGCUGGGGCCACAUCCUUGUGCUUUGUGUACCCCCUUGAUUUUGUCCGUACCCGUCUAGCAGCUGAUGUGGGCAAAGCUGAAGCUGAAAGGAAAUUCAAAGGCCUUGGUGACUGCCUGGUUAAAAUCUAUAAAUCUGAUGGGCUUAGGGGCCUGUACCAAGGCUUUAAUGUGUCAGUCCAGGGCAUUAUCAUCUACCGAGCUGCCUACUUUGGCAUCUAUGACACUGCAAAGGGAAUGCUUCCAGAUCCCAAGAACACUCACAUCUUCAUCAGCUGGAUGAUUGCACAGUCUGUCACUGCUGUCGCUGGCUUGACUUCCUAUCCCUUUGACACGGUUCACCGUAGUAUGAUGAUGCAGUCAGGACGCAAAGGAACUGACAUCAUGUAUACAGGCACGAUCGACUGCUGGAGGAAGAUUGCUCGUGAUGAAGGAAGCAAGGCCUUUUUCAAGGGAGCAUGGUCCAACGUUCUCAGGGGCAUGGGUGGUGCCUCUGUGCUUGUCUUGUAUGGUGAGAUCAAGAAGUACACAUAA